UUUUUUUACUGUAUGAAAAUCAAAGAAAAUUAUAUUUUAAUAAUAUUUAGUUCCGAAUGUCAGUUAGGUAUUAUAAAUAUAAGUCCUAACCAAUUCUCAUGGGACUUCGGUCCCCAGGUAUAACACCUGCUUGGUGAAAGUAGGUACUCUCUAAUACGCCUUUCUAAGUUUCUACCUUUUCCACAGAACUGACAGAAUUCCGUCAGAUGAGACAAAACCAUAAUCGUUCUUCUCCGAGUUCCGUCGCGAGUCGAGCCUACCCUACGCCAGCGAGGUACGCGUUUCACAGCCAAUGUUGGUAUCACUUAAAGAAAAUCGCAUAUUCGAUGUGUCCUACAACAAAAGACAACUCUCGUCCCGCUGACCAGUCCGCGAAUUGACACCGCGACGCACACACGCUUAUUUUCCCGUCGCUUCGAGUGAAAACCAUACAAAUUGUGAAAAUGUUAAAACUCGUUUGUGUUUCAAUCAUCACGGUGUGCCUUCAGCUUACGACCGGGGGCGUUAUGAAGCCUGAUGACUCUAUCAAAUACCCUGGGCCUAUUAAGGAUAGGCAGGGCGUCCCGGACGAAUGCAAGGACCAGAAUUUCUGCACGAUAAAGCCACCGGACUACCCUCAAGAACAGUUCGACAAGAUGUUCAAGGGAACAAAGCUUGGCAAGCUUCCGAACCUGGUGUUGAACAACAGCGAAGUAGAAUUCCCUAACAGACAGGGCGGGCCUGGCGAUGAGGACGACUGCAGAACCACCGUUACGUACGAACCGUUAUACAACGUGCGCACUAAACGCGGGGACUGGCGAACCGUCGUUCAGGCAGAGCAAGAAAACUACGUGCAGAAAGUGCGUUUGGAGACGUGCCUAAAACCUCAAAGCAAAUGCUUCACCCGUUUCGGCGAAAUCCCUGGCAUCGAGACCUACUGUCGUCAGAACUACAACGACUGGGAGAUAGUCGUGUCAGACGGGAAAGGGGGCACCGAGACCGUCACAACUAGCCUGCCAGUCUGCUGCUCUUGCCACUACAAGUCCGUGGACCUCGCUUCCAGGUUCGGGAAACCGAAAGAACAGAAAACUGUGACAGGAGAGUGACAAUCUUCGUUUUUAUGGUUUUUAUGUCAUUGUUGCCUCAGCAAGUAUUGUAACAACAGAUGAUUAACUUGACUACCUACUCGUGUUUUAUGUAAACUUAGGAUAAGAACGAUGCUGAGUCCAGAUUGAUUAACACGUUCACUGUCCCCAUACAAAAUGAUAAGACAAAGUUACACGUCCAAGUGUGCUUCCACUUUGAAGUUGUGAACCCAUAGUGGGUGGGCACCCGUAUAGGGAACGUGUUAAAAUUGUUUAUACCUCUCGCGUCGAAUGAUGGUCCUUAUGACAGUUCCUUCAAGUUUUUUUUGUUGGGCUUAUUUUAAGAAAAAUCGAAGAAAUAUGUUUUUACCGUAUUUUACUUAUUACUUAAAUGUUACUAUACUCCUGUUGGUCUCUAAAGCGGAUUGGCCGUUUGGUUGCAAUUUGUAAACGAUUUGAGAUAGGAAGAAAGUACACCUCAAAUUGUUUGUUAAUAGGUCACUGUGCUUUAUAUCGGAUUUUAUAUUUUAAAUUUAAUGUCAUUUGACCAUUUAAUACGAGUUGUUAGGGGAACCUAGCAAUAAAUUAAAUUGUCGACUGUACUUAAACUGAUCAACAAUUGUUCAGCGACUUUUAAAAAUAACUUGCGUUUUGAUUUUUGGUAGGCUUUCAAGUUUAUUUUAAGACCCAAUGUAAUCCGAAUUAUGUUAAGCUUCAUAGCGUGACGAGUAACUUCAAUUACAAUUAUGAUAGCGUCCAUUGACGAUAACAUUUAAUAUCUAUGAAACUAGGAAGUCUAAAUACUUUAUAAUUUUUUUAAUUUAUUUAACAAAAGUGUAAUCGUUUGAGGAGUACAAUCUAUGUUUUAAUUAUUUGCUCGUGUUACCGCCCCACCGGGUAUAUGCCUGCCUACAAUGAGGCCUAAUUACAAAAAAUAUGACUUGGCCUUUCAGCCAUAUUACCAUGGCUUUAAUACCGUGUUUUUUGAUAUCUAGACACGCGG